CUUUAAGACAAUAUUCUAAAAUAUGAGAAUUUUAUGCGAAGACGCAGCUAAAGGAGGAGCGCACCAUGGCUUGAAGGUCACUAGACUGAGGGCUAUUUCGAUAUGGAUGAUACAUGGAAGUUUUGGGUUUCUCUUUUCGUUAUGAACUGGGAUCACCGAUAAUUCACUUACCCAUUGGUGGAUUGAAAUUGAGACUGAAGAUCCAGAAGUUUGGUAUUGUGCCCAAUUUCGAAAAAUGAACGAUGAUUAUGUCUUAUUACUCAAGAAAUGUUCUACGCAAAAAGAAGCGAUUGCAGAGGGUCAAAAAGGAGGAAGACGAUUGGGAGAUAAUCCUAAUAUGUCUAUAGAAUACUCUUUCCCAGUAACCGAUGGAUUGACUAUAGGUGAUAUACACAAUUUUAUGCUCUAUUCAUGUGAUGAUAAAUACGACCUCAUCACAAAUAACUGCCAAAAAUUUGCAAAAGAUUUUGUCAAAUGGGCUAAGUAGCUAUAUUAAAAUCAACCUUUCUUAUAAUUAGAUCAUUAAAUUCA